AUGGCAAUCUUUGCCCAACCCAUUUCUGUUGCCUAUACACAGACUUUUCUACAACCAUCCAUUACCCACACCACCACCAACAACAACCCUCCCACAGUCAUCCAUUACCCACACCACCACCAACAACAACCCUCCCACAGUCAUCCAUUACCCACACCACCAACAACAACAACCCUCCCACAGUCAUCCAUUACCCACACCACCAACAACAACAACCCUCCCACAGUCAUCCAUUACCCACACCACCAACAACAACAACCCUCCCACAGUCAUCCAUUACCCACACCACCACCACCAACAACCCUCCCACAGUCAUCCAUUACCCACACCACCACCACCAACAACAACAACAACAACCCUCCCACAGUCAUCCAUUACCCACACCACCAACAACAACAACAACAACAACCCUCCCACAGUCAUCCAUUACCCACACCACCAACACCAACAACCCUCCCACAGUCAUCCAUUACCCACACCACCACCACCAACAACCCUCCCACAGUCAUCCAUUACCCACACCACCACCACCAACAACAACAACAACCCUCCCACAGUCAUCCAUUACCCACACCACCACCAACAACAACAACCCUCCCACAGUCGUCCAUUACCCACACCACCACCAACAACAACAACCCUCACACAGUCGUCCAUUACCCACACCACCACCAACAACAACCCUCACACAGUCGUCCAUUACCCACACCACCACCAACAACAACCCUCACACAGUCGUCCAUUACCCACACCACCACCAACAACAACCCUCACACAGUCGUCCAUUACCCACACCACCACCAACAACAACAACCCUCACACAGUCGUCCAUUACCCACACCACCACCAACAACAACAACCCUCACACAGUCGUCCAUUACCCACACCACCACCAACAACAACAACCCUCACACAGUCGUCCAUUACCCACACCACCACCAACAACAACAACCCUCACACAGUCGUCCAUUACCCACACCACCAAUCAUCUAUUGCCUAUACUAA